ACCUCGCACGCGAGCCUGCAAGCUUUUGAUGCGCACCUGCAUCAUCGAAUUGACGUAACACCGAGUCACUUCGCAGCAUCUCCCGAUUAGUUGGCUACUACAGAGCGGGCAGUUUGUAUUGUUCCUCGUUGCUAGAUUUGAUUCGAUUUUCGACUGUCCCCUCAGGAACUCCGUACAGUGAUGGCCCCCCUCAUUCCCACAGGUCCCACGGGGACCCCUUCGGCGCCAAUACCGGCCGACUCGUCGCUGUGGGAUCGCAUCUCGACAUGGGUCUCUGAGCACAAGGCCGUCGUCUACACCAUUGCCGGCGUGGCCGUUGUCGUCACAACCGCCGGUGCUGUCUACUAUGUCCGCAGCAGCAGCAGCCAGGAACCCAAAGACACACAACCCAAACUCAGCAAGAAGGAGAGGCGGAAACGGAAGCAAGCCGAGAGGGAAGCAGAAGCUCAGAAGGCGUCCGCGCCCGCAAAAGAGGCCGAGGCACCCGCUCCUGCAGCAGCCAAGGCUGCCGCUGUCGAGUCCGCCGACGAGCUGCCUGAGAUCGACGAGAACACAGUCCAGACUCUCACCGAGCAGCAGCGCAAGGAGUAUGCACAGAAGCUGAAAGAGGCCGGCAACAAGGCUUAUGGGGCCAAGGACUUUGAGAAGGCCAUUGGGCUCUACUCCAAGGCUAUUCUCUGCAAGCCGGAUCCCGUUUACUACUCCAACAGGGCCGCCUGCUAUAAUGCGCUGAGCCAAUGGGACAAGGUCGUCGAGGACACCACCGCCGCCAUCAGCCUCGACCCAGAGUACAUCAAAGCGCUCAACCGCCGUGCCAAUGCCUACGACCACCUGGGCAAGUACAGUGAGGCGCUCCUCGACUUCACCGCGAGCUGCAUCAUCGACGGGUUCAGGAACGAACAGAGCGCGCAGGCCGUCGAGCGUCUGCUCAAGAAAUUCGCCGAGACGAAGGCCAAGGAGAUCCUCGAGACCAAGCCAUCCAAGCUUCCGAGCUCUACCUUUGUCGGGAACUACCUGCAGAGCUUCCGCACCAAGUCCCGACCCGUCGGCCUGGAGGAUUCAGUCGAGCUGUCGGAGGAGACCGGCAAAGGUCAGCUGCAGAAGGGCUUGAAGGCAUUGGAGAGCAAGACCGGACCGGGUUACGAGGAGUCUGCCGAGGCUUUCGAUAAGGCUUUGGAGCUGGGCGAUCUCGGCGAGCACGAGGCGUACGCUUAUAACCUUCGUGGCACCUUCCGGUGCCUCAAGGGCAAGCAUGAGGAGGCCCUGGCCGAUCUUUCCAAGAGCAUUGAGCUCGAUCCGGCCAUGACGCAGAGCUACAUCAAGCGGGCGAGCAUGAACCUGGAGCUUGGUAACCCUGAAAAGGCCGAAGAGGAUUUCGCAGCAGCCCUGUCCAAGAAUGCCGAGGAUCCCGACAUCUACUACCACCGUGCGCAGCUGCACUUCAUCAAGGGCGAGUUCGCCGAGGCGCAAAAGGACUACCAGAAGUCGAUCGACCUCGACCGCGACUUCAUCUUUUCCCACAUCCAGCUCGGCGUGACGCAGUACAAGAUGGGCUCCAUUGCCUCCUCCAUGGCCACCUUCCGGCGGUGCAUCAAGAACUUUGAGAAGACGCCCGACGUUUACAACUACUACGGCGAGCUACUCCUCGACCAGGGCAAGUACCACGAGGCCAUCGAGAAGUUCGACACGGCCAUCGAGCUCGAGCGCGAGACCAAGCCCACAUGCAUGAACGUGCUGCCGCUCAUCAACAAGGCACUUGCCCUGUUCCAAUGGAAGCAGGACUUCUCUGAGGCCGAGAAGCUCUGCGAGAAGGCCCUUAUCAUCGACCCCGAAUGCGACAUCGCCGUCGCCACCAUGGCCCAGCUGCUCCUGCAGCAGGGCAAGGUGACCGACGCGCUCAAGUACUUUGAGCGCGCCGCCGAGCUCGCCCGCACCGAGGGCGAGCUGGUCAAUGCUCUCUCCUAUGCCGAGGCGACCCGGACCCAGAUCCAGGUCCAGGAGAAGUACCCCAAGCUGGCAAGCAAGCUGCAGGGUAUGGGCGGCCAGGGGAUGAUGCGGUAAAAGCUCAACAUGUGUCUGGGUUAAUAAAUCACGCCUCCCAGCCGUCCGAUGAGUCUUGCCAUGGGAAUGGUUGGGGACGGGCCGGUUGUUGGAAGUUUAUAAAAAACGAUAACGGCAGAAAGAGAUACCUGUUGGUAAAGAUGUGGGCAGCAACGGGGUCU